UGCCACAAACCCUAACUGGGCCACAAUGGUACUGCUUCUCUCAUUAAAUUCACCACCUCACUGUACUCACCACACCUUCACCAUAUCAUCCAUUUUCUGUUCACUCUUCUCUCACCACCAUUCCUUUCACUUUUCCAUAUAACAACCUCUUCAAACCUAGGGCUUACCCUACUACCUACUACCUACUACUACUUCCCUUCUUUCUUCUUCUCCCUUUACCCUAAUCUUUCAUAUCUUAUUCAAAUUCAAACAUAACACCAAAACUCAUCUUUCUCUUUACCCUACUACCACUGCUUUUAAUCAAUCCAUCUCACUCUCAGGAAUAACAUUCACAAACAAAAACAUGGGGCAUCACUCUUGCUGCAACAAGCAGAAGGUCAAAAGGGGACUAUGGUCUCCUGAAGAAGAUGAAAAACUCAUCAACUACAUCACAACCUAUGGCCACGGUUGCUGGAGUUCAGUUCCAAAACUUGCAGGUAAUUCAUUUUAUUCAUCAUAUUUCUGCCUGCAGAGGUGUGGAAAGAGCUGCAGAUUGAGAUGGAUAAACUAUCUGAGACCUGAUUUGAAACGGGGAAGCUUUUCUCCUCAAGAAGCAGCACUCAUUAUAGAACUUCAUAGUAUCCUUGGCAACAGGUGGGCUCAGAUAGCGAAGCACCUACCUGGAAGAACAGAUAAUGAGGUGAAGAACUUUUGGAAUUCAAGCAUAAAGAAGAAGCUGCUUUCUCAUGAUGUUGUUCCUUCUUUAGCCACAUUUUCUGAUAUUCACGGUCUUGCCAAUGCUUCCAUGGAAAGUUUCUUCCCUUUAUCUGACAACACUAUCCUAAACUCCCAUCAUCACUUAGACCACCUAUACCUUCCCAUCAUCCCAACCCCAACAAUCCUACAAGCCUUUGAUCAUCUCAACAAUGAUAUCAAGAUUGACAUAAACAAUUAUCAUAACAACAAUAAUAAUAAUCAUCAUCAUAAUUCCAAUUUCCUACAUUUUCAGAAUCCAAUGCCAGAAACAGUGCCACCAUCAUCCAACAACAACAUUAUUCCAUCUUUGUUUGAAUUAGAUACAUGGUCCUCCUUCGGGUGCGUACCCUUUCAUCUUAAUCCAAAUCAACAAAGUCAAACAAUGAUCACCAAAACUGCUGAUACCACCACCCCACACUUAAUUCUUGAGAAACUCAUCAAUCCAAGUACAUGGCAGCACCAAGCUGUGGAACCGACCGUUGAUAAUCUUGUUCCAAAAGUGUGUGAGAGCGUCGAGGAUUAUGUCUGCAGCAUUCCGUUUUCUUCUUCUGCUGCCAAUUCACAACAUCAUCAACACGAGGAUGCUGUCGCCUGCUACACACCAGGUAUUUGUCCACAAGAUCAAAUUGCAGUACCCAAUCAAGUGGAGUACAUUGAUGCCAUCAUCAUGUCAUCGUUGCCAUCCUCAACAACAUCAUCUUCAUCAGUAUCACUCUAUCAAGCAGACAAAUAGCCACACACAAAAAAGAAAAAAGAAAAACUUGUCAUUCCUUCAAGUUGCUGUCAUCAUCAUAAGCAUUAAUUAUAUAAUAGGUUAAUUUUAUGUGUAUAUAAUUGAGUAGUGGGAGUCUUGUGAUGAGGUGAAUUAAUUGCAUGCAUUUAAUUUUGUCUUGAAUUUUGGAAUAAGAGGGUAAGUAGAUCUUCUAUUGGCAAACCUCUGAGCCAUGCUAGUUCUGGUUCUCUUCCAUUAAACGAUGUUUGCUGAGGUUCCAUAAAUACAUGUAGGUUCUUUCACAUGUUUGUCCACUAAAAGUACGUGUCCAUGUAUGAUUUUUAUUUCUCUUGUGAAGUGCUGAAUGUUGUAUAACAAUCA